GCUUUUGGGUUGCGAUGGACAGUGCCGGGAUUGCCGCCCGCGAUAUGGAGCUUCCAGAGCUCGCGGAGAGGAAGAAGAGAGCUCGGAGGCGCGGCUACAGGCCCGAGAUUUACACCCAAGAUCACGAGAAGCUGCUGGGGUAUGCCAAGGAGGAGUGGAAGCACAUUGGACGGAUCUAUGACAAUGAGAACACGAAUACCUGUCACCAAUGCAGGCAAAAAACCAAGGGGCCUCGCAGUUACUGCAAGGUUUGCAAGACAAGGUACCAGUUUUGCGGUGACUGUCUCUACAAGAGAUACGGAGAGAACGUGAACGAGGUGCUCGGGGAUGAAAACUGGAAGUGCCCCGUUUGUAGAGACAUAUGUAACUGUAGCCGAUGUCGACGGAGAAAAGGCUGGGCUCCAACUGGUUUGAUGGCCAGGCGGGCAAUCGAACUUGGUUACAAGUCGGUUGCUCACUUUUUGAUCCUGACACGACGCUCCGGUACUCAUAUUCUCGAUGGUCCUGAGGCUUUAAGAUCAGUUGACACCAAUAAGAGACCGAAAGUGAGAGGAAAAGAAGUCGACAAUGCUUUACAGAAAAAGAAUGAUCACAGUGAAGGGAAGAAGAGGAAGAAGAAGCGCCAGAUGCGCACGGUGGAGAUCAUCAUCGUGGAAGACGAAGAUCCCUCUUGAUUGAGCAGCGGAUGGCGUGAGAGUUGUU